AUGGUUUCUCUACGUCUUCUCGUAUUGCUCUAUGGCGGCCUUAUCGCUAAUGCGGUCAUGAUUCCCCGCAUCCAUACCACACCACUAGAGCAACCCGCUAUCGUUAUACACGAGGUGCAUGCUUCUACCGCCCCUUCCGUUCCUAUCGUUGUUCGGCAAAACUCCAUCGACGAUGAACAUAAAGCCAUGGAUGACUUGGAUGCGAACACCUUCAUUAUCACCGCUAUAGAUCCAUUCCCUCCACACCAGAAGUACAGGGAGUACAAGCUCCAUGAAGAUCUGAUGAUAUGCGACCAAAAGUACGGCUCCGAUCAUACCCUGAUCUCGAACCAGUCGUCCAUCGGCAAUACCCCUCUCAAGGACGUCAGGUUCUCCCAGUGCAACCACGCUCUUGUUACAUGCGCCCAGGAAGCUCUGAAUGACCACGAGGUUUCGAGCGCGGGUUGGCCUGUUUACGACCCCUUGGAGAGGCCCGUCUUGAGAAUUAACAUGCUCCAACGCGGCAUUGACAAGUGUCUCCGAGUAAACUCUGAAGAUCAGAUGAGAGUUUUCACGGAUGCUGAUAUGACCGAGGUGGAAUUUACGGUUUUCGGAACAGUUGCCAUGUGCAACAAAAGGCUCAUCGUGUGCUUCGAAAAUGAGUCGGGAAAAUAUGACGAUGUAGUCAUGGAGUGGGAUGAAAACCACCCUGUUUGA